AUGGCCGCCGCUGCGACCAUAGAAAACACCAAACACCAGCAUGGCCUGGAUGCCGUUUCUGAAGAAUCUCUUUCUGAAGAUGGCCUGACCAUGGAGCUUCUUGAAGGCGCUUCCGAUCCAAUCUAUGAAGCCAAAGCCAGACUGAUUAAUAAAGCGAUGCAGGACAUCGGCAUGGGCUGGUACCAAUGGCAACUAUUUGUUGUGAUUGGCUUCGGUUGGGCUAGCGAUAAUCUUUGGCCAAUUGUGACAUCGCUCAUUUUCACACCGGUGAAGAACGAGUUCCAGCCUUCGCGCACACCAUACCUCACACUUUCACAAAAUAUUGGAUUGUUGGUUGGCGCCGUAUUUUGGGGGUUUGGAUGCGAUAUAUAUGGAAGAAGAUGGGCUUUCAAUUUAACAAUUGGGAUAACUUCAAUUUUUGGUCUUGUCGCUGCCGGUGCUCCCAAUUUUGCCGCUAUAGCGACUUUUGCUGCCUUGUGGUCUAUUGGGGUUGGUGGAAACCUUCCGGUGGACUCGGCGAUUUUUCUCGAAUUUUUACCUGGCUCCCACCAAUACCUUUUAACUAUCCUAUCUAUCGACUGGGCAUUCGCUCAGGUUAUCGCAAAUCUGGUUGCAUGGCCACUUUUAGGCAAACUCACCUGCCAAGAAAACGACAACUGCACCCGCGCGGCUAACAUGGGAUGGCGCUACUUUCUAAUCGCAAUGGGUGGCAUGUCGAUGGUAAUGUUUUUCUUGCGUUUUGCCUGUUUCACCAUGUUUGAAUCUCCAAAAUACCUGAUGGGUCGUGGUCAAGACAACGAAGCUGUCCGCGUUGUUCAUGAAGUUGCCAGGCGCAAUGGAACUACAUCUUGGCUCACAGUAGAUCAUCUGAAGAGUCUCGGCCCACUGCGCGGAACGGGAACGUCCAAUGCAAUCAAUCGAAAGCUGGAGAAGAUCAACUUAGAUCAUGUCAAGGGUCUCUUUGCAACAAGGCGGCUUGCGUUCUCCACGACCCUAAUCAUUAUCGUUUGGGCAUUCAUCGGUCUCGGGUUUCCACUCUACAAUGCCUUCUUGCCAUACAUCCAAGCGACUAGGGGUGUCGACUUCGGAGACAGCUCUACAUAUAUUACUUACCGUAACUCUCUCAUCAUCGCAGUGCUUGGAGUCCCAGGCUGUCUUGUUGGUGGAGUGUUGGUGGAAGUACCUCGAUUUGGGCGCAAAGGAGCUCUUUCCGUAUCAACUAUGCUAACUGGUGUAUUUCUAUUCGCCUCCACUACUGCAACGUCGUCGAAUUCUUUACUGGGUUGGAACUGCGCGUAUAACUUCAUGAGCAAUAUUAUGUACGCGGUGCUCUAUGCCUACACCCCUGAGAUUUUCCCGACAAAGGAUCGUGGGACGGGAAAUGCCCUAACAGCAGCUGCGAAUCGCAUCUUCGGCAUCAUGGCACCCAUAAUUGCUAUGUUCGCCAAUUUGGAGACUGCCGUGCCAGUGUACGUUAGUGGUACUUUAUUCAUUGCUGCUGGUUGUUUAGUGGUUCUUCAGCCUUUUGAAUCUAGAGGAAAGGCUAGCUUGUGA